CGCAGUUGCAGCGGUGCAUCCCAAAUAAUCAGCCUUGUACAUCUCCCUCCAUCAUGCCCUCUCGGCCGCUGUGCGCGCUGGCAUCUCACUACUAUUCAUAGGAGCUUCUAUGCCCUGCAUAAUUUCCCCCCCCCCCAUCAUUCUCCAAACCGCUAGUUUCUUCCCCCUUCAUCAACUUUCGCUCCAAAGACCGUGACCAGAUCAAGCCAUUAGGCAACCGGACCCAUCCCACACAGUCAAAGCUUUUUGCCGCUCUAAUCUAUUGAUCAGGGAACGUCAAAGGCGUUCCACCUCAUGAUUCUCACAGUGGCAACUGUUCAACUUCCUUAUCCCAACGGCCCCUACGAUCAGGGCGCUUUUCGUAACGUCACGUCGAUUUCAGACGCAAUCCGCACGAAACCUCCAGGAACCCUACAGCUUGCAGGAGAAUCACCACUUGCGGUCUCCGCAAAGUCCGCCCAAUGGUCCCUCAGCUCGAACGGAGGCGACGGCAUAGCGGAGGAACAGCAGAUGACGAGCAAUGGCCCUGCUUCUCGACCGCUCUAUGAUAAAGACCAGCAACAGCACGCUUCCAAAUCUCCAUAUCCGUCGCCAGAACAUGCUCUUCCUUCGAUAGCUGGAUCGUUCUCAGCGAAAACGAUGGACGGCCAGAAGCGGCCGUCCCCGACGCAGUCACCACCAACUCAAAACCACGCAGAGAACACGGAACAAGGCACCGAGCGCCGUGGGCUACGUCUCUCCGGUGUCCAUUCAAUCCUCAACCCCAGCCAUGGGGAGGACGAAGAACGUCGCUCCCGCAGGAGGGGUGCCGCCGAGUUCGAGGAUAACACGCGAACCAUAUUCACUGCGCCCACUGCGGCCGCAGCAUCGGCUGGGUCGUCCCUUGGAGAGACAUCGCCUACUUCAAGCGGCCCAAGGAUGGUACGACGUAUUCUGACUCCGAUCUCACCUAGACUCCAACGAGCGACAAGUUAUGGCAGGCUUACCGGGACCAUUGACGCUACAGAACGGCCGUUUCUGUCGGAUGUCUCGAGGAUGGCUACGCCUGAGCGUGCGACAAGCAUCUCCCUACCACCAGUACAUUCACAAACAUCCCAAGUUCCGCAGCAGUCGCCCUUCGUUGUUCCCGUGGCACCUACGCCACCCUUGAUUCAGCCACCACGUCGCGCAAGCGUCAGUGUCGUCGGCUCAGCACGACCCAGCCCAAGCCCAUCUUACGCAGACUCCUACAGCCAGAGCGGCAUGAGCGGGCAGACGUCUCCCGCAAUACUUCCUGUUCCUGGUGCACCACCAGGGCCAACACCUCCCAGCUCUAUGCGGCUGACUCCAAGUCCGGGUCUCGCAGCCGUCAGUGCCGUUCCACCAGGCGCACUGGAUAAUGAGCAAGGAUUUCACGGGGCUGUCGUUUCAAGUGGUCAGACAUAUCAAAUACUGACUGUCGACACCAGCAAAGGACAUAUGCAGCUUCCCGUCGAAGUGCAAGCGGCUUCGCGCAUGGCUGACGAAAAGCGAAAACGCAACGCGGGCGCGUCUGCACGUUUCCGGGCGCGACGCAAGGAGAAAGAGCGCGAAGCCGCAACCAAGAUUUCCAAUCUCGAGAUGGAGCUUGCGUACGCACAGGAGGACACCAGAUACUACAAGGCCGAGCGAGAUUACCUUGCGGACAUCAUCCUCAAAUACGUGCCGCAGUACGAGAGCCACCUGAAAAACCGACCGCCUUCACCAAGGCACAAGCGUGCGGCUCACAUGCCCCGACCAGCGUUGAAUCAGACGAUGGAUUCGCCUCUGUCCACGAUGGAUGCGGAAGUCUACGAAGAUGAGCGUCCAGCCACACGACGGCGUACAGAGGCUUAUUCACUUCCGACCGCUGCAGGAGGACCUCCGCAGCACCAUUAUCCACCCUCCACAUACACCCCGUAUCCACCCAGCCAUGCGCAGCUCACGCCUCCCCAGCAAAACGCGAAUGCGCAGUACGCACAAGGCGGGCACGGGCAGACCCCUCAUCCACCUGUUCUCUCCAGGUUGCCCGCUACGAGCGAGCUUCAGCGACAAGAGCAGGCUUACGAACGCGGUUGGCCGCCCUCGCGACCCUCCGAACAAGGCCAGUAAAAAUCGACAGGAUCAGUUUUCUCAUUCUCUUUGCUAUGUCCGUAUCUUCUCUUUUUUUUUCUUUCUUCAUUAUCGGCGAAAGCUUGCAAAGAAGACAGAAGGAUAACAUUCGUUCUUAUUUGUUUCUCACGCUCGAACUUCGCUCACGGCCGUUGAUACCCUGUUUUUUUUGGAGGUACUUUGCAUCAGUGGAAGGCUUUUUUUUUUCUCUGGAGCAUUCUGCUUGUUCUAGCAUGCACUUGCAUCAUACACCUGUUCUUUGUACUCCUCUAUAUACCCAUUGCGAAGAAAGUUGCAAAGCAUCAUCUACCGUAACAUAAAGAUCUCAAAGUCUGUUUUACUAGUCCUCUAUAGAUAAAUGGUCUCGCGGCCAUCGUACAACAAGAAUAAUGAG